AUGGUGGACGAUGAAUGACCGAAACUCUUGAGGAUGACUUCUACUUACUUUGCUGGACUUCUUAUACAGGGCCUCCGCAAAUGCAUGACAGUAGUCUCUCCGUCUUGGCGGCGAAGAAGCCGCUUCGCUACGAUGCUAAUGGGACGGCUAAAUGCUUGCCGUCUAUGCAUUGGAGAAGGCGGUCGUGUUGAGCGAGCAGCACCUUGUCAACGCCGAUCCUGCCAUGACGCGCCG